CUUCUAACAAAUAUUACUUUUCCUGUCCGCUGUCACUCAUUCAGAUCGGGAUUCUCCAAGAGACCGUAACCUGCGCGACUGCUGAGAGAGAGUCAGUGCGUGUGCAUCAUGGAAGUUCUAAUGCCCUCCAUACUCGGGGGAGAUCCACACCUAAUGGCUGAGCCGGAGAUCCAGAUCUUUGAGCAGCCCAAGCAGAGGGGGAUGCGUUUCAGGUACAAGUGCGAGGGUCGCUCUGCGGGAAGCAUCCCUGGCGAGAACAGCUCCGACAACAACAGGACCUACCCCAGUCUGCAGAUUCUGAAUUACUGCGGGAAAGGGAAAGUGCGCGUUUACUUGGUGACCAAGAACGAGCCGUACCGACCGCAUCCACACGACCUGGUGGGCAAGGACUGCAAAGACGGAUUCUACGAGGCCGAGUUUGGUCCAGACCGCAGAGUGAUCGCUUUCCAAAAUCUGGGUAUCCAGUGUGUGAGGAGGAGGGAAGUGAAAGAUGCGAUCGUACAGAGGAUGACCAAAGGGAUCAACCCCUUCAACGUGCCCCGCGAGCAGCUGCUGCAGACAGAGGAGUACGACCUGAACGUGGUUCGCCUGUGUAUCCAGGUUUUCCUUCAGGACGAGAAUGGCUACUACACCCGAGCGCUCAACCCCAUCAUCACCAACCCCAUCUACGACAACAGAGCUCCGAACACAGCCGAGUUGAGGAUCUGCCGCGUCAACAGGAACAGUGGAAGCGUCAAGGGAGGCGAUGAAAUCUUCUUACUGUGUGACAAAGUACAGAAAGAUGACAUCGAGGUGCGAUUCUUUUCCACCGAUGGCUGGGAGGCUAAAGGCUCUUUCUCCCAGGCCGACGUUCACCGCCAAGUAGCCAUCGUCUUUAAGACUCCACCCUAUUACAACACGAACAUAAUGGAGUCUGUCACUGUUCACAUGCAGUUGCGGAGACCUUCCGAUCAGGAAGUCAGUGAACCGAUGGAUUUCAGAUAUCUGCCCGAUGAUAAAGAUCCUUAUGGCUACAAUGAGAAGAAGCGCAGAAGAGAGAACUUAAUGAGGAUAUCAGGAUUGACAGGUGGUCCUUUUUCUUGCCUGGCCAUGAACAGGCCAAAGGCAGUGUCACAGAGUACCAUGAGUCACAUGCGGAAAGACAUCAGCAACAUGUACCUGAGGCAGCAGCCUACGCCUACGAUGCAGCAACAACCUACUGUAUUCAACCAGUCCUAUCACCCUGGCGCUCAGAAUGUAAUGAUUACAUCGCAGGCUCCGAAUGUACAAGUCAGCCAUUCGUGGGUAAAUCCCAACCCACCACUGUCAAUGGAGACAGUUACCAUAAACCAGUCUGGUGCCAUGAGCAAUCUUCCACGUCAUAAUAGCAGCAGGCAACAGCAGGCAAACCGUGGCACUGGUUACUCCCAAAGUAACUUUGGAAAUAAUACGCUCCCUGAGCUCUCCAUGAGGGACCUGCAGUGCCUGGAUACAGCCCCACAGGCCCCUCAAAUGAGCCAGGCCCAGCCAGAGUCCCAGUCGCAGUUCCAACUGCAGCACCAAAGGGAGGAGCUUGCAUCUGAGACCCAGAACCAUCUAGGCAACCAGAACCAGGGUUUCCAGACUGUGUGGCCCAAUUUCACCCUCAGUCCGAUGCAGAACACCUUUAACGGGUCAGUCCCUGGCGGUGGAGGGGCAUCACAGGGGCAGGGCUCUUACCCAUUCAUAGAGGGAGUGGAAGGGAAUGAUUUUCUGAAGGGCCUGGAAGGAGUAGGGUCUCAGACUGGCUUCCAGCUGAAGCAGGAGCCCCAGAUCACAGUGGUACAAGAGACCCAUUCUUCACUCAUGCAAAGGGAAAGCCAAGGAAAUACUUACACCAACUUGCUUCCUCGCCCUAUGAGCAAUGGAGCCAACAUGGAUCCAAUGAGUCAAGAUGGUGGUGGCAACACUCAGCGUCUAAAAAAUCUGCAAAAUCCUUACUCAAACAACAGCAUGGCCUACGAAGGCCACUAUCCAACUUUGGCUGACUAUAUCAACUCAACAAGGAAAAAUGACUGAAAUGACAAAUGGCAACAUUUUUAGUUUCAAGUAACGAACAGAAGCAGUUCUACAGUAUGCCAUGGUUUUCUUUAGCCUUGCAAGGCCAGAACAUUUGUGUUAAUCAUUCUGGCCCCUCAGAGGGCAUUUUCUUAAUUUAUUACAUCAGUGAGCAUAGCAGCACGAUUCUUGGCUGCCAGUUGGAUCCAUAACCUUACUUCACUGUUUCUCGGUGGAAACAUUUGACUAUGGACUCGUUCUUUCUUUAGCAAAGACAUGACCAAAGGGUGCUUCCAACACUUGAUUGUCAGAGAUUGGGGUUUGGUUGCUGUCACUGGUCUUUGCUUCCCACUAUUAAUCUUGAAGACACCUCUCUCCUGAAAAAGAACAAUCAAAUUUGAUUUUCUUGGUAAAUUUGACACAAGAAAAAGACCAUGCAGUUGAAGAACCUUGUGAAAAUUAUUUCAAGGACAUAUCAGCUUUUAACCCGAAGUGCUAAGUUGCAUCGUCAUUCUAAUCCCGUCCCCUCAUUGACUGCCAGCUUCUGGAGUGAUGGAAAUCAGUGGAUGUUCCCCAGAGUAGUCAAAAAACAGAGUUACACAAGUUCAUCUUCUGCGAGGCUGCGACCUUCAUGUGGACGAACCUUCAUCAAACAUGCUGAUGAUUUCCAAGCCAAAGUUAGAUUUCCGAAGAAGUGAAUGUAGUACUUUCUUUCUUUGUCUUUCUCAGGGGAAGUUGAAUUCACUGUCAACAUGUUGUAUAGUAAUCAAUGUUAUGCUGGGUUUUUUGAUCUUGGAAAAAAAAGGGGGUAAAUUGAUGUUAGGGAUUUUUCUUUAUUGCUUUGAAAAGAAUUCUUACACAUUAUAUUGUUUAACUGAUACCUGAGCAGAGUAUUUGCAGUUAACUCUGUACAUACAUGUUAGCCAUAGUUGAGAGUGAAAGCAAUAACCACGCUGAAACACUCAAGAUCUGGCAAGGUACCGAAAUUUCCAUUGAGGAAGUUGGAGGGAACACAUUCAGUGUUGUCUUUCUAUUGUAAUGACUAUGUCAUACCAGUGAUCACAUGUGUUUUUGAGUUCUCAGAGCAUUUCUUCCAGAAAUGUUUAUAUAUUUUGUGUUUUAUUGUUUCAUCCAUUCAGCUGAGGCUCUUAAGAAUAGCUUCACAGAGCGUCUUGCUCAAGGACAUGUGGCUUAUACUGAACAAACACUGGCUCUUGUGUGGGUUUCAACUCUGCGACCUGGCAACAGCCUACGGGGCUCUUUCACCUCUGGCCUAGCUCAUCCUAACAAUAUCAUAAUAACUGUUUUUUUUUUUGUUUUUGUUUUUUGUUGUUGUUGUUUUUACUUGUAUGCCUUCCAGAAGCGUUUUGGUUUUAAAUGAAAUGAAAUAUUUUGGUGACUACUUUGUAAAAUUUGCUAUUUUGGGAUUUUUCUACAAGAUCAGUUCUUAAUAAAAGGAGUCCAUCUUAUUCCA